CUGGCUGAGGUUGAGUUACAGUGUGAGCACAGCCUGCAGAAACUGCGGGAGGAGAUGGAGGACAGGCGCAGAGAACAGCUGCAGGCAGUCAAAACUGUGCAUGAGCGGGAUAGAGAACGUGAGGUCCAGGACCUGAAGGUCCAGUACAGCCGCACUUUGCAGGCAGUCAGGGAGGACCUGGAUGUGAAGCAUCAGAACGCCUUUUGAUCUGAUGCAGCAGAAACUCAACUUUGUGCAUGAAGAGGAGUUAAAACAGGUGGCAAUGGAGGCUGAGGAGAAACUGCAGCAGAGUCUGGAAGCUCAGAGAGUUGAGACUGACCAGCUCCAUGCUGGACAGUUGGAGAUGUUGUUAGCCGAGGCCAGACACGAGAAGGCAGAAUCACUGGCCAAGCUGGAGGCCAGCCUGGUCCAGACUCAGCAGCAAGAGCUGGAGCAGCAGGAACAGCAGCUGGAGGCCAAGUGGACAGCACAGGUACAGCAGCUGAAGACUGAGCAUCAGCAGCAGCUACAGGAGCAUACAGUUUCUACAGAGGAGACCUCCAAGCAGCUGCUGGAGAGGCUGAAGACACAGCUGACAGCAGAACAUCAGGCCAGCAUUCAGAAAGCGACAGAAGAGUUAGACAGGAUUGCGCUGAAUAAGCUGGCCUCUCUCCGACAAGAGAUGGAAGAGAAACACGAGGAAGAGUUGAGGGCCAGGGAGAGUGAUGCUGUUCAGGAGAAGGAGAAACUUCAGCAGGAGAAGGAUGAACAUCAGUCUGCUCUGGAAGGGGUGCUGAGGCAGCAGGAGGUUCUACUGGAACAAACUGAAGUCCUGAGGAAACAGCUGGAGUUGCAGCACCAACAGGAGCUGCUGCAGCUGCACGCAGACAUCCAGACAGAGUACGCCGAGCUGGUGCAAGUCAGGACAGAACUGCUGCAGUGGCAGGAACAGAUCACACAACGGCACAGUCAGGAGAUCCAACAACUCAACACAACCCACCAGGAACAACUCAGUAAACUCCAGCAGGACUCCGCUAACCUGGAGGCCAAGCUGCAACAAACUCACCUGGAGGAGAUGGAACAGAUGAGGGCGUACUUUGAGAAAAGAUGCCGGGAACAGGAGGAGGACUUUGCUUUAGAAAUCGCAAAGGUGAAGAAGCAUUAUGAAGAAACGGCUGAGGCAGAGGUAGAGGAGGUCUCGGCAUACAGAAUGCCUACAUCAGCCUACACUCUCACGUCCACAUUGUUAUCUGAUGACAGUUCCCCGUGUCCCUCUCCAACCUCCCCUGUACAGUCUGAAGUGGACCUGACACGGUACAGGAAAGACAUAGAGGAUGAACUAGAACAGCACUACAAUGACCUGAUAGAAAAGACUCGCACUGACAUGUCAACAGCACACCAACAAGAAAUAACAACACUGCAGACAGACAUGGAGAAGAAAGCAGAAACAGAUUUAGAAAAUCUGAGAAUUCAGCUAGCUGACAAAUAUAAGAAGGAUGUGGAGGAGCUUCAGGAGGCACAUUUAAGAGAGAUGUCAGAAAGUCAAGAGAAGCUGUUGGAAGAGCACAGACAGGAGACAGUUCGACUGAGAAUGGACUGUGCUUUAGAAGCUGCUAAACAGUCUGAGCAGGAUAUGGCAGAACUAAGUAAGGAACUGGAGACGAAACAUCAAGAGGCUCAAGAAAGCCUUAAACGAGAGCUGGAGGAAAAAUACAUGACAGAAAUGAAGUCUCAGCAGGAAGCAUUUGCAGAAGAGCUGGCCAAGGAUCGGCAAAUUGGGCUUGAGCAGCAACAGGCUGAACAUGAAGAGGCACUAGGCAAGGCUCAGAAACACAUCCAAGAUGAAAUAGUCAGAAUUAACCUGGAGAAAGACAAGGAGAUAGAAGUCUGGAAAGGCAAACUUCAGAAGGACAUUGAAAGAUUGGAACAGGAGAAGAAAGUACUGAGAGAGGAAAAGGAAAAGCAAGUCAGGGAAGUGGAAGAUUUCUGUAAAAACAAACAUGAGCAGGUGUUAGCUGAGGUUGUGGUCAGACAUACCAUCGAGGUGGCAGACUUGAGAACUCAGCUGGAAGACGCUCAAGAAAAACUGAAGAAUGGAGGUGAUGCUUUAGAACUUCUUAAACAGCAGCACCAAAGAGAAGCCUCAGACAUAAAGAAAACAUUGCUGGAAGAAUUUGAUGUUUUGACAACGGAACUAAAGAAGCAACAUCAUGACGACAUAGCUGCAUUAACAGAAGAGCAACAAACAAAACUAACAAGGCUUCAAGAGGAGCAAGAACAAGCCUUGGCACAUUUGAGGGACAUGCAGACAGAGGAAGUCACUAAGAUAAAAAUGCAACAUGAGGCUGACUUAGAGGGUUUAAAAUUAAGCGUUUCGAAAGAUACGUCUGCACAGCACAUGCUUAAUUUAGAUAAGAUAACAAGAGAACUGGAAGAAAAUCACAAAUUGGAGAUAGACAAAAUUAACUCUCAGCUAAAGGAGCAACAUACCGCUGAGGUUGCAAUGUUGGAGGGGCAACUCAAGGAAAGGGAUUUAGACCAACAGAGAGCGAUAACAGACCUCCAAACCAUGCAUGAAGCUGAACUGGCUGCCCUGAAACAGGAGCAUGCUGUCCAUGUAGCCUCAGAAGUAGACAAGGUCAGGGAGGAGUUAAAUCUAACAUACAAACAGCAGUUGGAAACUGCCCAGUUUGCUGGUGAGCAGGAUCAUGAGCACAGGAUUCAAGAACUUCAACAGCAACUGUCAGAACUGGCACAGUCUCAUGACAGGGAGUUGGAGGACUUAAAACACAGGUAUGAAGACGAGAUGAGCAACAAACUGGAGACCCUGGGACUAGAGGCUGAGAAACAAAAGGAACACAAGAUAGCAAAGUUGAGAGGAAUUCUGCAGAAAGACAUGGAGACCCUGAAGACAGAACUGAAGACAGCUGAGGAGCAUCAUGAGGAAGACAAGGCUCGCAUCAAGUCUCAUUUCCAACAGGAACUAGACAAGGUGCAGGCUGACUUGGACAAUAAGACUUCGGAGAAUCAGACUCUUCUUGGCCAGUUGGAGUCCAUGAAACAGCAGUGCACUGAGCUGGAAGAAGGGUUAGAGAAAGCAAAGGAGGAAAAUUGUGCCUUGGAAGAGACAGCAGAGAGAGUGAAAGAAGCAUAUCAGAGGGAGUUAGAGGAGAGGUUAAAAGAUAACCUGAAUGAAGCAGACAAAGAAAAGGACAGGUUACAAGGUGAAGUUGAAGAAGAACAGAUGAGGAGACAGCAGCUGAAACAGGAGUUUGAUGCUGCCAUCAGGGAUUUCUCUGCUGAGUUUGAGGACUUGAAAGCUGAGAAGGAAGCUCAGAACAAGAAACUUCAGGAACAGGAAACAUUGAUUGCACAGGUGCAAGAGGAAAGAAGUAAAAUGGAGACGCGGCUACAGGAGCAGAUAGCGCGGUAUGAGACGACCAUGAACCGUCGGGAGAGGGAGAAUGAAGAGGGAGAAAACCUGCUGAAGAUGCUGAGAUCAGACCUGGACAGGUUACAGGAGGAGAGGGAUGCUGUACAGAAGGCAAACGACCACCUCCUGAAGACCCUGUCUGAUGUGACUCAGACUAACCUGUCCUUAGAGGAGAGAGUGAGUGAACAUCUGGACAGGCUGGCCAGGGACCAGCAGGGACAAGCUAAGGAACAACCCUCUCACAGCAGUGAAGGUGCUGUUGCAGGUGCUGUUCCAGGUGCAGUAGGCAGACAUGUACAGGACCUGAGUCAGACCAGUGACCUGCUGACAGACCUGUCCUCCAUGACUGAUGAAGGGUUGGACAUCUCCCACCAGCUGGCUGACAGCAUGUUUGCAGGCCCUGACCUGGACCAGGAGGGAGAGUUAACGGUACACAACGCUGCCAGCAGCCUGCAGCAGGCUGUCACCAGGCUACUGGACCUGCUACAGGUCACGCAGCAACAGCUGAAUGAAACUAGAACAGCCCAUGCAGACAUGCUGAACGCAUCAGAAGAGAGCUGGGGGAAAACACAGCAGGUGUUGGCUGAUCAGCAGCAGCUGCAGGAACAGCUGCAGGCAGAGGUGGAGUCCAGACAGGUGCUGCAGCUGCAACUGGACCAGGCAACAGGGUUGUCUGAAGGACUUAAAACAGACAAUCAAACAUUACACGAGCAGCUGGACAUCAAAGAGAGUCAGCAGGUAGAGAUGGCACAGGAGAUAGAGGGAAUGAGAGAACAGCUGCAGGACAUGGAGACAGAGAGAGAGAGACUGCAGGAGGAACAGGAGCUGUUAGAGAGACAGAAACUGGUUCUGUCUGAGAAGGCCUCCAGCGGGGAGCUGGGUGAAACUGAAAGAGGAUUUCUUCAAGAGAUUGAGAGUCUGAAGCAGGAGAAACAGCAGUUGGAGGAACAGCUCCACACAGAGCGUCAGCGAUGGGAACUUCAGCUGCACAGCCUGGAGACAGCGCUGGAGGACCAGAGCAGGACAGCGCGGGAACAGCAGGACAGCUCGGCUGGACAGGUGGACGAGCUCAGGAAACAAGUCGCUGCACUCGACAAACAGAUCAAGUCCAACAAACAGUUCAUGGAGGUACAAGCCCAUGAGCGUGAACAGGAGAGGGAAGAUUUUCAGAAGGAGAUAGCAGAGUUACAGGCAGAGCUGCACAGUAAAGGUGUGGUGAGGAGUGUCGAGGAGCGCCUGACUACAGAGAUGCAGCAGCUGGAGGAACAGCUGCAGGAGAAAACAGAUGCACAGAGCCAGAGUCUGCUGAAAGUAGAACAGCUGGAGAGAGAACUCCAAGUCCAGACUGACAGGAACAGCGUCAUGGAACAGCAAAUGAAGGACAUGGAGAAAAAUUGGAGCAGCAGCAACAGGUGGAGGCACAGCUGAACAGCCGCAUACAGCAGGUGAAGAAGGAGCAGGAGAGGACCAGACUGGCAUCUGAAGAGAUUUCACAGGAUAAGGAGGCCCUGCAGCAGCAGCUGUAUGAACACAUGCUGCAGAUGUCUCUUCUCUAUUGACAAAU